AUGUCAAACUUAGAUUUCUUAUUCUUUUAUCUCUUUACCACCAUUACAAUCGACGAAUCUGCUCCUGGAAUAAAGGCCAUAUUGAACUUCAAAGCUCCUUUCCAAAGGCUUGGAAAUGUGAGAGGUUUUGUGUUUAAUGCUUAUAGCAUCAUAAAUCUUAGUGCUUUCUAUGUUAAAUUCUUGUUGGUUACCUUGGGCUCCAACUAUUCGUUAAGUUAUCUAAUUGUUCUUAUGGAUGUUUCGGAAACAUGUUCUAAUGGAGUGACUGGUUCUCUGAAUUUCGAAACAAUGUCCUAUCGCCAACAACAGAACCAAAGGCAAAGGGAUAGGCGAAAUCGACUUAGAAUCGGGUGCAAUGAUCGUCGCAAGAGGAUAAAUGAUCCCAUGUCAUCUGAAAUUAAUAAUUCCAACAUUGAAAGAAUACAUCAAUCUAUAAUGCAUCAUGAUUUUGAGGCUUCUACUUCAAACCAAGAGACACAUGAUAUUUCCAAUUCUGCAUUACGAAGUAGUUUUAAUGUAUUGAACAUACCAACGACUUAA